AUGCCCAACCUCCGCGAUUUCAUCAGGAACUCUAUCGCGCCUUCCUCUUACUUCAAUUUCACGAGACGGAAUCGAACCAGCGCGCAGGGGUUCCGGCUACCUGGACGCGAUCUCGUGCCUCGCGCUGAGCGAGGAAAAGCGGCUCCUGUACUCGGGAUCUUUUUCACCGGAUCUGCUGAUAGGACGGUGAAAGUGUGGAUGAAGCGAAGGAGACGAAGCAUUUCUUCUCCAAGACGCGCUUCUGAAACAAGACUGCGCGUUACGGCAGCGAUCGAGGUUGAUGUUCGUCUGACGGAACCAUUAAUUUUUGGGAGAGUGAUACAUGAAAAACGGCAGCGUAUUGAAGGCAUAAUCUCUGGGCCGUAG